AUGGCGCAAUCUGGCCUCCAUCCGUUGGCUGCACUCCUGAACCAGGUCAAUUUGCCCACCGCUCGCUCUGUCGUUUACCGUGAGGAAUGUACCCAAUGUUUUGAUUCGCAGGACAGCCCAUCUGGAAUCGAUGUUUGCUUGACUUGCUUUAACGGUGGAUGCGUACAUUUCAAACAUGCCUCCAAUCACGCCCAGAAGACCGGCCAUCGGCUUGCUAUGAACGUACAACGUACCCGAAAACCAGACUCGCAUCAACGCAGCCCUUCUGCUGAACCCCCACUCAAGAAAUUGGCAAUCACCGAGCAGACUGAAGACCAGUUCGACACAAAGACAUUGCUGGUUCAUUACGCCUCUGCCGAUGAGAGAAAACAAUUCGCAUUUUCGGACGUUGCAGAACCGAAAAUCGAGCAAGCUGCUGCGGCCAUUCUAUCGGCGUCGUCCUCGGCACAAGCUAGCGAAGUCAAAGCUUGGGAAGAAGAAAUUGAAACCUGUCGCCACGUUGUUGACCUGAGCCAAGACCCCAACGCAGCCCCGGUUGCGCAAGCUUCAGCCACCUGCCAUGCAUGUGAACUGUCUUCCAACCUUUGGUUCUGUCUCCAAUGUGGCUCGCUGGGUUGCGGCCGACCUCAGUACGGCGGAUCGGGUGGAAACGGCCAUGCACUUCAGCAUUAUGAGCAGACGGGCCAUUGUGUCAAUGUCAAGAUGGGCACCAUCACCGCGGAGGGCACUGCAGACCUUUAUUGUUACAGCUGUGAUGAUGCUCGAGCGGACGAUCGUUUGCAGGAACAUCUCGCCCAUUUUUCCAUCGAGAUCGCUAAGCAAGAAAAAACGGAGAAAAGUAUGACUGAGUUGCAAGUUGAGCAUAACAUGAAAUUCGAUUUUGCCAUGUCGGGCGAGGAGGGACGCGAAUUGCAUCCCAUCGAGGGUCCUGGUUUUACUGGUCUUAAGAACUUAGGCAACAGUUGCUACAUCGCAUCCGUUCUGCAAGUUCUUUUCGCAUUGCCCCCGUUCCAAAAAAGGUACUUCCAAGGCAUCUUUGAGCUGCAUAGUUCGACCUGCGAAGCCGCGAGCCCUGCAGACUGCUUUGAUUGCCAGAUGAGUAAGAUCGCCCACGGAAUGCUCUCGGGCCGGUAUGCUGUGUCAAGAUGUACUGGCGAAGAAAACGGGGCUAGAGAUGGCUCGCACGUUCCGGCCCAGGCUACCAAAUCUUUCCAGGAGGGCAUCAAGCCGAUGAUGUUCAAAGCAUUUGUUGGCAAGGGUCACCCCGAAUUCUCCACCAUGCGGCAACAAGAUGCCGACGAAUUCAUGCGAUACUUGUUCCAAUUCAUCCAACGCCAAGCUCGACAAAGUCCUGCUAAAGCAUCGCUCCUCUCCGCACUGGCCGAAAGCGAUUUGGAUCCAACGCUGCCUUUCAGGUUUGAACUCGAAGAAAAAUUGCAAUGCACAUCGUGUCAGUGUGUAAGGUAUCGGUACGAAGAGCAGGAGGCUCUCAGUCUUCCUGUCCCAGCUGUCCCUGUCACGCCACCUGCUGAACCGGAAUCGGCAGGAAUCACUCCUCCUGGCCAAACAACUUACCAGCCUGUAUCUUUGGAAGAGUGUCUCGAAAGCUUCACGACCCCUCAGACAGUCGAGUACAACUGUCCUCGCUGUAAAUCUAAAACGACUGCGUUGACAACCUCGCGUAUUGCCUCUUUUCCCAAAUAUUUGGCCAUCCAUACGCGCCGGUUUGCCAUUGUCAACUGGGUUCCUAAGAAGCUGGAGAUUCCUGUCAUCAUCCAAGGUCAUCAAGUCGAUUUAGAAAAGUAUUUCGGAAGAGGGAUUCAACCGGGUGAGGAAACAUUACCUGAGGUCGAAGAACGUGCACCCGAAGUAUCUGUAAAUCCGGAAACCCUAUCCGCCCUGGAAAGUAUGGGAUUUCCAACUGCAAAGUGUCGUAAGGCUAUCCUGGAAACAGGCGAUUCUGGAGUAGAAAGCGCCACGAGUUGGCUAUUUGAACAUAUGGAUGAUGUCGAAGUGGCAGAAGCACCGUCUGCACAAGUGUCGCACAACGAGGAGCAUGUGUCAAUGCUUAUGGAAAUGGGCUUCACAUCUAAUCAAGCUAAGAAAGCGCUCGGCGAAACUGAUGGGAAUGUGGAGCGAGCGGUUGAGUGGUUAUUUAGUCACCCGGAUGAUGACGGCUCGACGAUUGCGAAUGUGGGCUCGACAGUUACAAGCGAGCCAGCAGGCGCAGCGGUCCAAAACGGGACUCGAGUCGGCGAUAAGAGCCUCCCGGCGCGGUUCAAAUUGAGAGGCUUCAUCUCUCACAAAGGCCCCUCGGUCUUCAGCGGCCAUUACGUUGCUCACGUCAAUUCUAACCUCCCUGCUCACUCUCCUUCUGCCCUCAAAGGGGAACAUUGGGUCCUCUUUAAUGACGAGAAAGUCGCCGUUGCUGAACAGGGUCCUCUCAGUCACGAGGCAAUGGCACCCUUGGCCUACAUAUAUCUUUUCGAGAGAAUAGAAGAACAAAAAUGA